CUCAGGGUCUGGGUGGAGCCGCCUCUGACUCAACAAUUCUGUUUUCUUCUUCGGCGUGAAGACCAGGACGGGGCUCGCUCUACACGAGAUCCCACAGUCUGCUCCUCCGGCGCAGCCUCUUCUGCACUCUCGUCUGCUCCCUCUGCACUUCAGCCAAGAUGUUCAUGCUCAAUAAUUUUAUGAAAUCGGCGACUGGUGGAGGAGGCUCCGGCCAAGGCGGUGGCGGUGGAGGAUUCGGUGACGUCUUGAAGGGAGCCAUUGGCAGCGUUGCAGGACCUGGCCAGGGUGGCGGAGGAGUCGGCAACAUAAUGGGGGCUCUGAGUGGCCUUGCUGGAUCCGGUGGCCAGGGCGGCGGAGGAGGAGGAGGUGGAGGUGGAGGUGCAGGCAAAUUCCUUCAAGGGGCUCUGAGCGGCCUGUCUGGAGCCGGUGGCCAGGGCGGCGGUGGAGGAGGAGGUGGAGGUGCAGGCAAUUUCCUUCAAGGGGCUCUGAGCGGCCUGUCUGGAGCCGGCCAAGGUGGAGGAGGAGGUGGUGGUAUGGGCAACAUCAUACAAGGAGCUCUGAGCAGCUUUGGUGGCGGAGGAGGUGGGCAAGCCGGUGGAGCUGGGAAACUUUUUGCUGGCCAGGCCGGUGCCGGGGGAGGAGGUGGUGGUGCUGGAGCGAACAUUCUGGGAGGUAUACUGGGUCUCAUUGGAAACGCCAUAGCAAAUUAUAAACCGGCGCCCCCUCCAGAGCCCUGCGCCAAUGCCUAUCAGCAGGAGGCCUACGAGAACGAUGAGCAGCGGCAAUUCCGAAAACUCUUCAGGAACCUGGCAGGAGAAGACAUGGAGGUGUCUCCGGUGGAGCUGCAGAACGUCCUCAACAAGGUUGUGGCCAAGCACAAGGAUCUAAAAACUGACGGUUUCAGCAUCGACACGUGCCGCAGUAUGGUCGCCGUCAUGGACAGUGACGGGACGGGAAAGCUGGGCUUCGAGGAGUUCAAGUACCUGUGGAAUAACAUCAAGAAGUGGCAGUGCAUCUACAAGCAGUUCGACACCGAGGGCACGGGCUACAUCCCCGCAACUUCCAUUCCCGCCGCCGUCCAAGCUGCCGGCUUCAACCUCAACGAGCAACUGCACCAGCUGCUGAUCCGGCGCUACGCCGACAACAACGGCAACGUGAACUUUGACAGUUUCAUCAGCAGCAUGGUCCGGAUGGACUGUAUGUUUCGAGCCUUCAAGGCCCUGGACCGAGAGGGGACUGGGGAGGUCCAGUGCCGACUACCGGAUUGGCUGAAGCUGACCAUCUACUCCUAGAGCGCGGAGUACCCCUGACCACCCCCUCACCGGUCCGGUAUCGCGCCAUCAUGGGUGAGGCCACAUCCUGACCCCUUAUACCUAUACAGGCAAUAAAUGUGCAAUGUAA